GUGAGCUUACCAAGUGCGCAGAAGGUCUUACUACGGUAGCUAGCGCUAGCCCUGCAAAGCUGCUGUCUGUGGCCCGCUGUGUGGCUGCCUGUAUCACACACUGGACUGGUGCUGUGAAUAAACAAAGACUCAUCGCCAUGCAUCUGGUACGUCUAUUGUGCCGCCACAAGACAGCCCUUGUCAUCGGCACUGUGUGCAGCUUUGCUGUCGUUCUGGUAUUCUUGGCCAAAUGUACCUCUGAAACUCUGAAACAGGGCCAUCAGGAUCCUCCAGGCCUUGCCCCUCGUGCAAUUGCAUUACAGUCCCAUCAGGAACAUCAGAAUCCCCCCUCCCCAUCCAAAGACUUUUCAGCAAUGCUGGUGGUCCUCAUCACAACUGGACCAAAAUACACAGAGAGAAGGAGUAUCAUCCGCAGCACCUGGCUGGCUAAGCGGGACUCUGAUGUCCUGGCCAUGUUUGUGGUGGGAACUCAAGGGCUUCCCAGUGAGGACCUACAGAACCUGAACACAGAGCAGGGUCGACACAAGGACCUGCUCUUACUGCCUGAUUUGCGAGACUCUUAUGAGAAUUUAACACUCAAGCUGCUGCACAUGUACUCCUGGCUGGACCAGAACGUAGAGUUUAAGUUUGUCCUCAAAGCAGAUGAUGACACAUUUGCUCGCUUGGACCUCCUGAAGGAUGAGCUUAAGGGGAAAGAGCCCAGCCGGUUGUACUGGGGCUUUUUCUCAGGGCGGGGACGGGUGAAAACAGCUGGAAAAUGGCGUGAAAGCUCAUGGGAGCUCUGUGACUACUACCUUCCCUAUGCACUGGGUGGGGGCUACAUCCUCUCAGCGGACCUGGUGCAUUAUAUUCACAUAAACGUGGGUUACUUAAAAACCUGGCAGAGUGAGGAUGUGUCACUGGGAGCCUGGCUGGCACCAGUGGAUGUUCGGAGGACACAUGACCCACGCUUUGACACAGAGUACAAAUCGCGUGGUUGCAACAACAAAUACUUGGUGACACAUAAGCAGAGCUUGGAGGACAUGUUAGAAAAACACCAGACUCUGCAGCGAGAUGGCAGGCUCUGCAAAGAGGAAGUCAAGUUGCGAUUGUCCUAUAUUUAUGACUGGAGUGUCCCACCCUCACAGUGCUGCCAAAGGAAGGAUGGCAUUCCUUAAAUAUGUUCUUUAAAUGAGAUUAAAGGUGCCAUCUGUUUAAUGACAGACUUCGCUGAAAAAGUAAAAAGCAAAAAUGGUCAGUCAAGUCUUCAUAGAGAUACUGUUAAAGUUUUGUAAUGGACCCCAGACGUUAAAAUAUAUGACUUGUAACUGCUGAAAAUGUCAUUUAAAAUCUGGAAAUACUUAUUCUGAUAGUGACAACAAACAAUAUGAAUUUCACUACUAUUUCUUGUUAUAUAAGGCCAGGCCAUGCUCUGCCCUUCCUUUCAGCUAAAACUAUUUUAGACCUUGUUUUUAAUUAUUUUAAGUUUCCAUUUUCAAUUUGAAUCUGUUCACACAGAAGCUCUGUGUGGACAUGUGUUCAUAUAUCUUUUUUUCUACACUAGGUCAAUUUUGUUUACUUUCUCAAGAUCUUGAUGUAUGUACUGCAGGAUUACAACACUGGUUGUCCAGCAGAUUAAUUUCAGUUGGUUGCUCUAAAACUGUGGAAAUGAGCUGGGGAAAUCAUUGUUAUCUCAAAAUAAGGACAUCGAUAUUUGAGAUGUCAAAAAAAUUGCUUGUAAAUCAAGGAGUAAAAUAAAUUGUAGGGAUGCAGAUCUACUUAAAAGGGGCAUAUUUUACCCUUUUAAGACAAGUUUUUACUGGUCUCAGAGGUCCCCAAAACAUGCCUGUGAAGUUUGUUGCAGUAAAAACACUCCAGUAUUAGAUUUUUGCAUGUUUUUCAUAAAAACUUUCUGUUACAGCCCUUCUCAGAACGAGCUGUUUCUGUGUCUGUGGCUUUAAAUAUUAAUGAGCUAUCUGACUCCCUGACCGCGCCCCUCUCAGGAGAUGGAUGUGGCUCUCCUGAUCCUCUCAGCUGGCAGCUGAGAAAAAUAUCAGGAUAGGAGGGCAGAUCUUUCUUCCAAGCGAGGAGGGCCAACCACACCUGGAGGCAGUGCUAACUCCCCACAUAACAUCAUGAGGGGAAAUAAUCUGAGAUUGGCUCAUUUUAGCACACAUUUUCUGAAAGGUGGAGAAAGACGGGGAGGGUUUGAAUUUUUCUGGUACGUGAGGGAACUGUGGACAGGCCAGGGGCACAUAUUUUUGUUAGAAAAGCCCCAAAAAGUGAUUUUGCAUAAUAUGUCCCCUUUUAGACAUGUUUUGAGCCACACCUGGAAAUGACUGUGACACUUCUUGUUUUUUGCUUUACGGAAUUAAAUAAGUCCCAUGGAAUCUUGAAAAAUUGCUUGUGAAAAUGAAUUCAAGAUGUGAUUGUCAAAAAAUCUAUUUUUUAAUGACUGUGCAGAGAACAGGUAAUUUAACAGAGUUGUAUCUUCAAGAGAAUGUGAUUCUAAACAGUAUAAAACCUUCAGCAAUGAUGUCCAACUAGUUUUGCAUCUUUGCCGUAGUGAUAGAGAAUUAGCUCAAGAAAUUCCCCCUUAAGCCUUGUGUUGUACAGGUGAACUCCUUUGGCCUCGUUACGUGGACCCUUGUUGACGUGCUCCUUCAGUCAUACUGGUGGCCUCAUCUUCCCUGUCUGCACUUUUCCUGCUGUUCCUCUUACUAAAUACUUUCCAAGACUAUGAACUAUGUUUUAAGGUUGUUUAAUUGUAAAAGAGAAUCCAGGGUAACACUGAUGGGACAUUUUUUUACACAUUUAUUGUGAAAGCAAUUUUGUAUUUUAUUUAUUGUUAAUUUAUUCUGCAGAAAAUACAAACACACUGGUAUUGAUUUGGGACAGAAGCACGGUAGCUGCUGUUGCUGCUAGUGAUUCAACUUCAUAUUUAUAAACUGCUCCGGGGAAGAGAAAUGUUUGCUUUUUCACUGUAAAACUUUGCCUUUACGGUACACAAGGCGUCAUGUGUUUGAGAGUGCACUGAAUGUGUAAGAGAAAUGUCUGAAUGUGGUUUAUUCAACAGGCCUUCUUUUUCCUGAUACUGGAGCGUAUGUGAAUAGUUUGAUGGCUUUUACAGGCACCAGUGACUCUUACAGAUGUGUUUUCUGAGAUAUGGUAUUAAGAUGUUUUGUGUUUUUUGUUUGCAGCUCUGCACAGAUUCAGAUGAACAAACAGCUGGCACUUUAUCACUUUUUGAAAAUAGAGCGUUAAUUUCAAGGUCCAUGGAUAUUCAAUGUUGCAUUUCUUUAUCUUCCGCAUGAACGUUUCCUCUGGAUUUCAACAGCUGUGUCCAGCAAUGUUUAAAGAGGUAUGAAAUGUUGGGAGCAAAAAAGAAAACUGUUACUUCUGCUCAGUUUUGUGAAGAACAGAAUUGAGUUUUCACACCGUAACGGAUUUGCAGAUUUUUAUUUGGUACAAGUCAAGUCUCAGUGUUUGUUUUCUGUAAAUGGACUGUCUUCAAUGUUUUAUUAAAACCUAUAAAUGUA